AUGGGCUCUCAUUUGUCCAAAACUGGUGACACUAAUCCUAAUAUCACAAGAAGUGACGCGAAGUCCAAGUCUGUCAACAUCAAUAGCCGCCGCAGAAGUUCUGUCGAUUCUGUCGCCACUCCUGAGUACAUCACUUCCACUACCAUUAAAGCCAUCGGAGGUAACACAGAGACUAAACAGCAAACAGUUGGUCACAGAAGUGAUCAGAAGAUCGCAAUACCCGCUGAGAUAGUGGUCGUGUCGGACGGAUCCGUGAACCAAGACAUCCAACAGACCUUCACUUUUCCGCCAUCUUUUAAGCCAUUGAUUCCCAUCGGACACGAGUCGUUAUCCCACUCUUACCCACAAUUAAAGCCCAAAUAUGUCAUCAAUUUUGGUCUUAUUGUCGAAAAGCAUUUGAAAAAUAAGUCUGAGUUUGUGUCCAAAGAGCAGCAAAAACUUGUGGAUCAGAUCCGAGACGUGGACUCAAUAGUGUCUUAUAUAUCCAAUCAGUUUAUUAUCGAAAGACAGAAACGAUUGAUAAAAGUGUCCGAAAAUCUAUCGAAAAUUGAUGAGAUCUCGACUCUAAUCGAAAAGUGCGACAAAGAUAUCGACAAUUGUGUCGAGAAUUUGCAAAAACUGAACCAAUUUUUGCCCAAAUCUUUGGCGUUAGAAAAGUUUGAGUUCAAGACAACUCAUUAA